AUGGCGGCUGUUUCAUCUCAUUCUUCCUCGCCCUAUAAUUUGUCCGAUACGAAAUUCUCAAGGGACCCUGCAGAUGCCAAUUAUGGUGGUACUAAAUUUCUUCAUCUGGGCUUCUCUAAUUAUUCCCUGCGAAGGCUUCAGGUCGAGAAGCAAUGGACUUCUAAAACGCAGCCCGGUAGAGUAGUUGUUUGCCGUGCGGAGUCCAGUCCUUUGAAUGAUGUUGGUGCUGUUUCUGUCUCUGAUUCGCCUCCCCCGAGUCCCAGGCCCAAAGUCAGGCGUCACACUAUAUCAGUGUUUGUCGGUGAUGAAAGUGGGAUGAUAAAUCGGAUUGCAGGAGUGUUUGCUAGGAGAGGAUACAACAUCGAGUCUCUUGCAGUUGGUCUGAACAAGGAUAAAGCUCUGUUCACUAUAGUUGUCUGUGGAACUGAGAGGACAUUGCAGCAAGUCAUGGAGCAACUCCAGAAGCUGGUUAACGUGAUUAAGGUUGAAGAUAUUUCAAAGGAACCACAGGUUGAACGGGAACUGAUGCUUGUCAAAAUCAAUGCAGAUCCAAAUUGUCGAGAGGAGGUCAUGUGGCUGGUGGACACUUUCAGGGCAAAAGUUGUGGAUAUCUCAGACCAGUCUCUUACAAUUGAGGUAACUGGAGAUCCAGGAAAGAUGGUUGCUGUGCAGAGGAACUUAAGCAAGUUUGGGAUUAGAGAAAUUGCACGCACUGGGAAGAUUGCCUUGCGAAGGGAAAAGAUGGGUGAAUCUGCCCCAUUUUGGAGAUUUUCGGCUGCUUCAUAUCCAGAUCUUGAAGAAACUAUGCCUGUUAGUACUGUUUUGAGCACCACCAAGAGAACACGCAAUGGAGAAUCUGUUUCGUCUAGUGGGGGUGAUGUAUAUCCUAUCGAAGCUGCUGAUGAUUUUUCUGUCAGCCCAGUUCUUGAUGCUCACUGGGGUGUUCUGAAUGACGAUGAUACUAGUGGCCUUCGCUCGCACACUCUGUCAAUGCUUGUGAGUGAUGCUCCCGGAGUUCUCAACAUAAUAACUGGUGUCUUUGCCCGGCGAGGCUAUAACAUUCAAAGUUUAGCUGUUGGACACGCUGAAGUGGAAGGGCUUUCUCGUAUUACUACUGUAGUUCCGGGCACAGAUGAAUCUAUUAGAAAACUGAUACAGCAACUUCAAAAGUUGAUUGAUCUUCAUGAGGUUCGGGACCUUACCCACUUGCCUUUUGCUGAGAGGGAACUAAUGCUGAUAAAGAUUGCUGUUAAUUCUGCUGCUCGUCGCAAUGUUCUGGAUAUUGCCAGCAUUUUUAGGGCCAAAGCUGUGGAUGUCUCUGAUCACACGAUAACGUUGGAGCUUACUGGAGAUUUGGACAAGAUGGUUGCUCUACAGAGACUAUUGGAACCUUACGGCAUUUGUGAGGUGGCAAGAACUGGUCGCAUUGCCCUCGUGCGGGAAUCUGGGGUGGAUUCGAAGUACCUCCGGGGAUAUUCAUACCCACUCUAG